AUGGCGGCCUUGGCGACCGGAGAGUUGACACCGAGCGAGAGGGUUCCCACGAGUUUCCAAAGGAAAGUGCCGGGCGGCGGAGGCAGCCGCUUGGCCAUUCUGCCGGGCACUCGACCGUCGGUGCGGCACGGGCAGCUCCUGCUUUCCAGCGGGCUCCCUUCCCUGGACUGUGUUCUAGGUGGAGGUUUGGCAGUUGGAACCCUUCUUCUUAUUGAGGAAGAUACAUAUGGUAUCUACUCCAGUCUAUUGUUCAAGCACUUCCUUGCAGAGGGAAUCGUUUGUGGACAUAAUUUAUUCAUUGCUUCAGCUAAAGAGGAGCCUGCUGACAUUUUAAAGGAGCUUCCAUCACCUUUCUUGAAUACUUCUGUCAGUGCAAUGGAGGAAGAAGAAGCAGCUAUGAAAGGCAAGCAGGAAUCCAUGAAAAUAGCUUGGCGUUACCAGAACAUACAAACACUGGAGGUGACUCAAAAUACCUCUUCAAAAUUUGGACACUACUUUGAUCUGUCAAAACCUUUGGCUUCAGAACUUAUCCAGAACAUUGGGUGCCAUGGUUUUUUCCUUUCCGAAGAAACAGCUUUGUGUCCUGAUAUGAACUCUUGUAAUAUGGCCUCUGGUUAUAGCAGACUGCUUCAUUCCAUUCAGAAGGUCAUUUACCAAGAAGGAUUUGAUGGCUCCAUUCCUCAGAAAGCGCAAAGAAACAUUUUGAGGAUUGGAAUUCAGAGUCUUGGUUCAGUACUAUGGGGUGAUGAUAUUUGUUGCAAUGAGAAUCCACAAAAUAUUCAUAGCCUCACAAGAUUUCUGUAUGUUCUCCGUGGCCUCCUCAGAACUUCUUUGUCUGCCUGCAUCAUCACCAUUCCAUCUCACCUUAUCCAGAAUAAAGCAAUUAUGGAACGUGUUACUAACUUGUCAGAUACGGUAGUUGGUCUUGAAUCAUUUAUCGGCUCUGAGAGAGAAACCAAUCCAUUAUACAAGGAUUACCAUGGUUUGAUUCACAUACGACAGAUUCCUCGGCUUAAUAGCUUCAACUGUAAUGUGUCAGAUAUGAAGGACCUUGCUUUUAGAUUGAGAAGGAAGCUGUUUGUUAUUGAGCGAUUGCAUUUGCCUCCAGACUUGUCAGACACAGUGAGCCGCACAAGCAAACAGGAUCUGGCAGAAUCCACCAAAUUGCUGAGCUCGGGAUGUAGUGCUAUGGCCAUAGGCAAGAAGCACCUGGACUUCUAGUGAUUUCUACUUAGCAGUUUCACUCCGAUUUAUAUGCCACUCUAAUUAUGACUGUUAAUGACUUGUGUAAAUAUUUUUUCUUAAUGAUUUU